CCGUAGCCGAUCGUGAACACUCAACGAUAUAGUCGAGAUACCAUUUCGAGUGCCUUUACAGUUCUCUGAGUGAGGAGUUCGGCGUCAGAGUGGCUUACAUCUAUUUUCCAGCAACUAUGUAUGCCUUCUGGGUUCUAUUUUUCGUUGUUUCCUGCAAGGGGCUCAAUCUCACAGAAGAAUGGGAGUCAUUCAAGAUAAGCCAUGGGAAAAUCUAUAAAUCUACGACUGAAGAAAGUAUCCGGAGGAAAAUAUUUCAUGAAAACAAGCAGAAAAUUGAAGAACACAAUAAACAUUACCGAAAAGGUCUCGUUACUUUUUUCUUAAAGAUGAAUCAAUUCGGUGAUUUGACGGUGUCCGAAUUCAGGGAAAUUAAGAACAGGCUGAAUUACAGAAAAAUACUUUCUCAAAAUAACUCUUCCAUACCUGAAACUACUUUGAAAGGAGACCUUCCAGAUGCUGUAGAUUGGAGGGAUAAAGGUGCAGUUACAGCAGUUAAGAAUCAAGGCGAUUGUGGCGCUUGUUGGGCAUUUAGCGCGACUGGUGCCCUUGAAGGACAACUCUUCAUAAGUGGAGGACAGCUGAUCUCACUAAGUGAACAGCAGUUAAUGGAUUGCUCCGGCUCAUAUGGUAACCAAGGAUGCUCUGGAGGUCUUAUGAAUCAGGCCUUCAUCUACAUCUCUGCUAACGGUGGUAUCGACACUGAAGAUUCAUAUCCUUAUGAAGGGGCUGUAGGCAGUUGCAGGUUUAAGGCAUCAGCUUCGGCAGCUACGGUGACUAAAGUCUUCAAUAUCGAAACCAACGAUGAAGCAGCCCUCCAGAAUGCAGUAGCUACGGCAGGUCCAGUUUCUGUCGCCAUCGAUGGUAGCCAUAAAUCCUUUCAAUUCUAUGGGGGAGGAAUUUAUUACGAAAGUGAGUGCAAUGCCACGAAUCCAGACCACGGUAUCCUUGCAGUAGGUUACGGAUCUGAGAACGGGCAGGACUUCUGGUUGGUGAAGAACUCCUGGGGCACCAGCUGGGGCGAGCAAGGCUACAUCAGGAUGUCGAGGAACAAGAACAACAACUGUGGCAUCGCAACGGCUGCCAGUUACCCCCAAGUCUCAGCAUCACAGAAAUUAUAUAAUACGUCGUAAUAAAAUUGUAUCUUUAAAAACAAUCGUCAGAAGUCAGCUCUAGUCACAAAUAAUUCAUUUCUUUUUUGAAAAAAAUUACUGCUUGAUUUCAAUAUGUCAUCUAAACAAACGAUUUGGUGCUCAGAUUUAAACUUAACGGUUUGAUAUUAUAAUGAUUGGAUCAAGUAGAAAAUAAAUUGGAAACUAGGUAUACAUUACCAUUAUCAUUAUAUAAAUAGGCAAACACAAAUCGGUUCAGCCCCUUUUACUCUUCUAUUAUUCAACCGAUUUUCUUCAUUAUUUUUUUGUUUAAUAGAUAUUGACGAGCUUUAGUAUUAUCAAUAAAUAAAAAUAUUAAAUAGUAUGUGAAUAAAAACAUACUAGUAGUUUGUUCAAAACAGCUUAUCUCCGAAAGUUCUUCACCGAUUUCUUGUCAAUUUUGACACAACGUCGCAAUAAUAUUUAGAAGUUUUUUUUUUCAUACGUAUCAUUAUCAUCGGGCCUUUCCUUUCGAAAUGGCGGCCGAAAAACGUGAUUCGCUUUAGACUGUAGCACCAAUAUGGCUUCAAAUAUUUCAAUGAAACUUUGGCUAAAGUCUUCCCCUUGAAACCUUUAUAAUUUAUGUAUAUAACAUACAUUCUCGAAGACAAGCUGCAUACAUUUUUAUAAUGAAUUCAGUAUUUUAUUUGCGAAUAACUCAAAAAGUACACACUUUUUCACCUAUAAUUAUGAUAAUACCCAUAUUUAUUUGAAAGCUUCCUGAAUUACCUACAAAAUAAUAAAAAAAUUAUCCAAAUCGGACUAUUUGUUGCAGAGAUAUAUCAUUUUAAACAUUUAGUACUUUUUCUUUCUUUUCCAAAUUCGAUUUCUUUUAUUUUAUUUUUUGAUAAAUCGAAAACUUUUCAUUUACUGAGGUAAUUGGGUCAAUUAUUUGAAGAUAUGAUAUCAUUUAAUUUUACUGGAAUGAUACCUAAUAAAUUAAAUUUAAAAAUAUAUUCUAUAAUUAUACUCAUUGUUAACUUAAAUACUGCACAAGCAUUGUUUAAUGGAAAAGGAAUGAGACUGAAGUAUUAUUGGGGGCUACUUUAAUUAAAGAAUUUCAAUUCCAAGAUUUAAUUUAAUAUUUUCUGACACUAUACAUUCGACUAUCAAAGUACAACAUUCCUAUUAAUAGCUGCAUUUGCUGUGACCAUAAUCAAAUUGCAGGAUAAAAGUUUUGGAAAAAUGUGUAUAUUAUAUGUGGCAGCAAUUAGAGUACAUUCAUUUAAAAUAUUGAAAUUUAUAUUUUCAAUGGCAAUGGGCAUGGCUAUGCACUAAACAAUAACAGAACAUUUUAAAAGAACAUUAUUUACAUAGAAGUUCUGAAUAAAAAUGGAUUUAAAGUUGAUUUCAAUUUAUUUUUUACUUGCUUAAUCAUAACAUUAAUUUAUUGUGAUAAUAUCACACAUAAAUUAAAAUGAAAAUUAAAUAUUUUUGAAUGAGUGUAUUUUGUAUUACUUAUAAAUAAUUUUAAAUGACUUCAGCUCAAUUUUUAUUUGAAAUUGAAAUUUUGUUUGUAUUAAUAAAUGAGGAUUUUUGAAUCGAGAUUUACCCUUUAUUUAUUUUAUUUAAUUAUAUGUUUUCCUCAAAUUUUUAAUGGCUAUGCUCUAAUUUCGACCACUGGGCGAACACUAGUAUUUUUUAACACGUUAGUGAAUAUUUAGUCAAUAUUCAUCUACUUAAUCUUACAGUGUUUUUAAUGAAAUUAUAUAUAUCUCGUUUUAUGUUUUGAUGUAAUUUUCUUAAGUUAACCAAACAUUAAUGAACUAUGGAUGUUAUAGGCCAUAAAUCUACGUUAGGUAUUAUUUUAUGUAUUGAUACAAAUAUCAGGACAAUCAUUGUCAAUAUUUUAUCAAAAUGAGAUCAGUUGUGAAAUCCAAUACUAUUUGUAUUUAUAGUCAAGAAACAUAUGCAAAU